UACUAAACUCCAGAGUAAAUGCAUCUAAUCAUAAAGCGCAUUCACGUUUGUCUACGUGUCAAUGUCUCUGUUACUGUGUUAACAGUAAGGAACAGAAAGAAUGAUGGAUUACUCCGUCCAGACUCCUCACAAGACCGAUAAACUGCAGAAAACCACAACAGACAAAGUGUUUAACGCUGUUCUCAGUGUUUAUGAGAACCAUGCAGCGUUCAAGUCCGCCGGGAAUUCAGCAGAAUGCCUGGUGAAGAAGGCUGAGGCAGGAGACACACAGGCCCGCUUGCUGCUAGGACAUCUCUACUAUAAGGAGGGUCACUAUACAGAAGCGGGAGCUGUAUUCCAUGGGAUUAAAGAUAGAGAACCACAAGCUCUCUACCAGCUGGCUGUUAUGUACUACGAUGGACUUGGUAUGACAGCAGACCCUAGCAAAGCAGUGGACUAUAUGAGGAGAGUAGCUGAAUGGGACAACGGUAGUGUCAGAUAUACAGCUUUGUACAACCUGGGCAGAGCCUACAUGCAGGGAUAUGGAGUGCAGGCCUCCAGAGAAGAGGCAGAGAAGUUCUGGCUCAUCGCAGCGGACAAUGGAAACCCAAACGCCAGCGUGGAAGCUCAGUCCUCUCUCGGAUUGUUCUAUUCCAGUCCUGAAAUAAGAGAUCUCAAAAAGGCAUUCUAUUGGCAUUCUGAGGCCUGUAGUAAUGGCAGCCUGGAGUCCCAGGGGGCGCUGGGAAUCAUGUACCUAUAUGGAUAUGGUGUGUCUAAAGAUCUGUUGGCAGCUUUUUACUGCCUCACAGAUGCAGCGACGAGGGGUAAUGUUUAUGCCCAGGGUCACCUUGUGGCUUACUACUACCAGCGCAAACUCUACACCAGAGCAGCACUUUUGGCAAAGAGGGUGUGCAAAUAUGAAGAUGUUAGUGCUAUAGCCAAUUCCACAGGCUGCAACCCUGAGUACAUUUGUAAAGGUAUAGCUACGGGCUUGUUCUACUAUGCCCGCUGCCUCCAGCUUGGCCGUGGAGUUGCACAAAACACAGAAAAAGCACUGCACUAUUACAACAAGGCAGCCCUGAUGAAUCUAGAAGUGUUUAAGGACCUCCAUAUGGCCCUCACAUAUGGCAGGAUGUAAUAUAUAUGAGCACUGCUGCCAUAAUAAAUGCCCCUGUUAAAGCCACCAUUCUGGAUCAAUCACCAUGGAUUCAACUUUUGUCUGUUAGAAAAGUGGAAGGCUUAAUUUUCUUAUUAGCAGCAGACUUGAUCAUACAAUUGCUUUAAUCAUAUCAGGGUUUUUUUUUUUGGGUUCUGUUGUUUUUCCUGAAAAUAAAAAUUUCCAUUACAGU